AAAAAGUCAUCAUGCGCGUCCUCGUAAUCGGCGGAUCUGGAAGAAUUGGUCAGCGUGUUGUAAAGCAAUUGUUAGGACGAGGUAUUGAGGUUCGUGCAAUCGUCCGUGUAACAUCCUCUUUACCCGACACUGUCUCCAGCGAUCCAAAGUUGGCAGUGGUUCAAGCAAGUCUGCUCGAUAUGACCGUGGAUGAUUUGGCAACUCAUGUCCAGGACUGUGAUGCUGUUGUCUGUACAUUGGGCCAUAACAUGGACUAUAAAAACAUCCCUCUCCUCGGAAUUUGGGCAAGCCCUCGCGACUUAGUAACAAGAGCAACGAAAAUGAUCUGCGAUGCCAUUAUUAAAGUCAAGCCUGUUACACCUAUUCGGUUUGUCCUCCUUAACACUGUUGGUGUUAUGAAUCCAGAUGGAACCGAUCGACAUAUCCGAGGCAAACUUGAAAAUGGCCUUGUGACCUUCAUGAAGACUACGGUCCCGCCUUAUGCAGAUAGUGUCCGUUCCGCAGAAUACAUCAGUCAACAAGUCGGCACAAAUCAGACACAAUGGCUCGAAUGGUCUGUUGUCCGCCCAGAUGGCUUUAUAGAUGGAGAAGUUUCAGAGUACACUAUCGAAGACUCUAUUCGGCAUCCAUUUUACGAGGCUGAGAAGGUUACCAUGUCUAAUAUUGCCCAUUUCAUGUGCGAACUUAUUGAGAGUCCUGCAAUUUGGGAAAAGUGGAAGUUCAAAAUGCCCAUCAUCUUUGAUACCAACCAACCACUCAAGAAGUAGUUUUAUUCUUUUCAAUGCCCUACAUCUUUUUAUAUGUCUAUGAUUUUCUUCGCUCUUUAUGAUAAAGUAAAAUAUUUCCUUUAAAUGCGCUUGUC